CACACAAAGCACGCGAAUUUCAACCUGCAGGAAAAAGAAGAUGCUUAUAAAACGCAUAACCGGCACUCUAUGAUUUUUGAUACUGAACAAUGUCGCAAACGGUGAAUCUCGUCGUCUCCAACAACGUUGGCUGUGGAAUGCCAGAAGGCAAGUGUUUCCCGUCUUCACGUGUUUAUGGAAGAACAACUGCGGUAUAUUCAUGCCCUUUUAUGGGUCGUCAUAGAAUUCGCUCCCAUGUCAAAAUUGGAGGACUAAAGUCUGGUUCUUUGGCUGCGUCUAUUGUUUGUGAAGCAAGGAAGAACCCGGAUUUCUCGAGACAGAACAACAGGAACGUCCCGUCCAGAGGUAAAAAUAGUAACGUCGAUGGAAGAGAUAUCUUUGAGAAUUUUGAAGAAGACAUGUUGUCUUCAAAAAAUGGAAAUGGACCGGUAUCGCUUUCUUCGGGAAAAUUCCAGUCCACUUCAUCCCCCGGGACUAGAGAGAAGGAGAUUGUUGAGUUAUUUAAGAAGGUUCAGGCUCAGCUACGUGAGAGAGCAUCAGUUAAAGAAGAGAAGAAAACUGAAGCACCCCGAGGACAGGUUGAAGAGACAAGUGCUGUAGAUUCCCUUCUUAACCUCCUGAAGAAACACUCGUCCGAGGAAGGAAAGAGAGGCAGCGGAGAAGACAGUGGAAUAGACCAUAACUCUGACCAGUUGCAAGAAAGUAAUCAAUACAAUGGAGUGCAGAGCACAAAUUUUUUUGAUUCAAAUAGUUCUCCAAAGAAUGAGUCUCGAGAUGCCAACACUGCUUCUGCGGCAAGGCCUCGCUCAAUUUUCCGAAAAAAGUCUCCUGUUCCACGCGUAAAGUAUGAGAAUGUAGAGCCAAUAGUUAGUGAAGAUAAUGUCAACAAUCGACAUCAAAUAGAUUUGAAACCUGAGGACUUGCCCGAGCCCGAACCAGAACCUAAGUCUGAAAUUGAUCUUGAUACAAAGGAUGAGCUGUUCUUCCCAGAACUGUUGGAGGAUGAUUCUCACGAAGCUGAACAAACCUAUAAUGAGGAGAGUGUGGAGGAGCAGCUAGAUGUUCAAUCUGAGGAUUUAAGUGCAUUGAAGUUGUCUGACUUGAGAGCACUCGCAAAGUCUCGUGGUGUCAAAGGGUACUCAAAGAUGAAGAAGGUCGAUCUCAUUGAACUACUAACCGAGAGCUGAUUCUGAUUGAAUGCUACGAGAAGGAAAAGGAAUACUAGAACAGAUAAAAUAUAAGUUUUUCCUCCUUGAUGUUUCUGUGUUGUUCUUCUUGUUCUUAUUUUUUUCUAAAUAUUCCAAUUUAGUAGUACCUAGUGUGGGGUCUUAGUGAACCAUUAGAGUAAUCACAAUAUCUUUAUUUUGGAGGUUUUAAAAUUUUGUAGUUUGUGCUACUAUUAUUUUCAGCAACUCAACUUUAUGUAUUGAUAAAUACAGUAUUACCUGGUUAGAAAAUUUACUCUCA